AUGCCAGGCAUUGGAGGUCCUGCCAGGGAUGCCACUCUAUUAGAGGGUGUAGUCAGUCGGUUGAACUUUGCCAACCUAAGGGUUUUCCUGAGUUAUGAAGAAUGGGACCAAUGGGUCAAGGGAGUGCAGCAGAGGCGGGUUGCCAGGGAGAAGGCCGAGGAAGAUGAGGAAGAGCGCAAGUUCCAAGCUGAGCUUCGGCAAAAGGAAAUCCUUGAGCAGGUCAAGCAAUUUGAAAAUCGAAUGGCGCGAGACAUCAACUGGGAUGCGAGACACUACCGGUUUUACGAGAUGUUUUUCAAAAUCUUCGGCCAGCCCGCAAAAGAGGGCGGAUUCUCGGAUACAACAUGGGAGAAGACCUACGAAAGACUGGCUUGCUUUAUGACAAAUAUCGAUGGGAGAAUUCGACAAGCGGCAUAA